UAACUUAACGUUAGCACCCAUCAGGAAUAUCAGGCAUCUCUUCUUCAUAUGACAACAGCCAUAUCUGAAUUGUUUUCCCAUCAGCGGGGGGAGGAUUUUAUUAUUGACCAUCAGCACGCGCUGACCACAAGCAUUCGACAUCUCGAGCUGCUCCAGUGGGAAAACGCACAUCAAAUCCACCUUUUUCUCGGAAAGUUAGCAACACUUUUAUCGCAGAAAAUGUGCCGUCAGCGCACGCGCGUCAACUGAAAGCGCGUGUAGAAACUGCACAAACAAUUGAACACCACGCAAAUAAAUUAGUGCUAGAUCAAGCUUUGCAAACAGUGGGACGCGUUUGUCGUGGGAGGACCAUCCUCUCUUCAUCAAAGAAAUCACAUCAGUCAUUUACUGUCAAGGAGCCACAAUUAUGACAGGACUUUGACAUCCGCGUCUGACACAUUGACGAAGACACUUAGGACAGAUGUUUGUCAGGAAAAUGACACCGAGUCAGUCCAGUUUGUUUGGAGAGAUAGAUGACCUGCAGGACCUUACUUUCAUCGAGAGACCCAUACGCAGGAGCCUGAAGACUGCAGAAGAGAUUGACAAGCUCACUGUGGAUGAAGAUCUGAAUGACAUAGAGCGAGCAGUCUACCUUCUCAGUUCUGGUGAGGAUGUCCAACGGGCCAGUGUGAUCAUCAACCUGCCAUUCCUGGUGCGUCAGAACCCAGCAGAGACCUUCCGCAGGGUGGUGCCAAAAGUCAGGGAAGUGCUUCAUGUAGCUGGGGUGGAUAUGCAGCUUGCCGCAGCAGGAUCUUUCCUGACCGUCCUCCAAGAUGACAUUGUCCUCAUUCAGACGCACACACACUCAAUCUUGCAGAUAGUUCUACUAAAUCUUGACCACAGGGACACAGUGGUCAGCAAUGCUUGGUUGGAGACGUUGCUGUCAGCAAUCGAUGCUUUACCAAAGGAAACUAUCAGGCAAGAGAUUCUGAGUCCUCUAUUGUCGAAACAUCAGCUCUCCCAGUCUGUCCCGGCACGUCUGGCCAGCUGUCGCAUUUUAGGAAAAGUUGUUGGCAAGUUCGAGUCAUCAAUAGUGAAAAAGGACCUUUUGCCAUUGAUCAGGUCGCUAUGCCAGGACGUAGAGUACGAGGUGCGCGCCUGCAUGUGUCGCCAGCUGGAGAACAUUACCAGGGGAAUUGGACUGGACCACACUAAGGUUGAAGUGCUCCCUGAACUGGUUGAGCUGGCCCAAGACGAAGCCAGUACUGUGAGACUUGCAGCUUUCGACACCAUCAUCAACCUCUUAGAGAUGUUUGACAGUGAUGACAGGACUUGUGUCAUAUUUCCCUUGGUGAAGGCAUUCUGUGAAAAAUGCUUCAAAGGUGAUGAAGCAGUGCUGGCCUCCUUGUCCUUCCAGUAUGGAAAGCUUUGUCAUGGGCUCUCAGAGUCUUUUACUGACGAGCAACACCUCUGGUUUCUGGAGUUUUAUAAGAAGCUGUGCUGCCUGGGUCUGCAGCAUGAAAAUGGGCAUUGUGAGAGCCAACCCUACCCACUGGAGCUAGAGAACAAAUACGCCCUAGUGCGCAGGAAUUGUGCCUACAACUUUCCUGCCAUAGUGUUAUUUGCAGAUCCAAACCACUUCCUGUCUGAAUUAUAUCGUACCUUCUCAAGUCUCUGUCAUGAUCCUGAGAUUUCAGUACGAAGGACGGCAGCAGGUGGUUUCCAUGAGGUGGUCAAAUUGCUGGGCCCAAAUGUGCAUUACAUACACAAAGAGCUAAUCACUUUGCUGCAGGAUGAUUCAUUAGAGGUACUGGAUGCUCUGUUGAACAAUCUUCAGGAGACUUUAGAGCUGGCCACUUCUAGAGGGGAGGGAGCAGGACCUGAGAGCAAGCAGGUGAACAUACCGGACUUGGUGCCUGCUUUGGUAGCGGCGGAACAGAAAGCGGCAUCCUCGCUGCACUGGCGGGGUCAUGAGAAACUCCUGCAGUGCUACUCCUGUCUGCCCCGUGUCAUCUCCGGAGACCAGAUCUACUUCCGCUUCUUUCAGAGAAUGUUCAACAUCAUCACUACGACUAAUGUUCUGCCAGUCCAGCGAGAAGCUGUCAGGACAUUAUGUGUGUUCUUGCGAUAUAACCGCAAACAGGAACAGCGGCAAGAGAUAAUCAGCAAAAUAAAGCAAGAGCUUGCUCAAGGUAGAAGCUACUGGAACAGGCUUCGCUAUCUGGACCUGUGUGAGAUUACAAUAGAUCUCUUCUCCAAGUCGUAUUUUUGCAAACAUUUCCUUAUUCCAGCGCUUGAGUUGGUCAGUGACCCCGUUGCCAACGUCAGGUACAAACUCUGUUAUAUGUUACCCAAACUGAGAUCCACCAUCAGACCAACAGACAAACAUCUACUUCAGCAGCUGGAGUUCUGUGUGCGGAAAUUGUUGUGCCGUGAGAAGGAUAAAGAUGUAGUGGGAACUUUGCGUAAGACAGUUCUGGAGCUGGACAAAAUGGACAUUACAGAGCCGUAUCAUAAAAGGCAUGAAAGAGAGCUCUUGGACCAAAAAAAGGAGAAGGAGGAGAAUCUUUUACUUGAAAUGGAACUGCUAGAAAGACAGCAGAGUGAGGCAAAACUAACUGGAGAUAAACAGUCUGAGAAGAAACAACGAGACAGCAAGUCAGGCCUGUCUGGUAGUAAAGGAAUGUCAGCAUCUACAUCAGGAGCAACAUCAUCCACUUCUACUGGUAAGGAGAUGCGGAGGGCCAAACUAGCUCGCAGUCGUUCACUCAGCGGCCAUCCUACGACAACCAAGAUGACAAACCCAGACAAAACCUUAAAAGUGAAAGAUUCAGGAAGUUGCCCUGGAUCGGGAAAGAGUCCUAUGCUACCAUUAAAUGACGAUAACCUUCGACCGCACCACUUCAAUGUUGCUUCUUCAAUCUCCUCCACCCCAUCAUCCUCCUCCAUGCCCGUCCUGAUCCGCAGCAACACGAGCAGCUCUGUGGAUCACCGGAGUAAUGGGAAUAAAGACACACAGUCUAGGAAGCUCUCUGUACAGCGGAAGUCGAAUUCAUUUGGAAUGCAGUCUGGGAGAGAGUGAUUACCACUUUGCCUAUUGACUUAAAAGCCCCUUUCUAUAAGACUUUUCAUUCUGCAGCAGCAGCAGCAGCAGCGUCCCUCCAUUUUGAUGUGUCCAUUCUCUUCUAGACCAGAAACAGCUUAAGAUGUGCUGGGGCAUCAUUUAAGGUCUGCAUUGAUCCAUCUAUGCCUUAUUUCUCACAAAAACUCACACCAUACAUCAUAACAUGAUAAACCGAGAGUUGAGGAGUAAUUGAAUGUAUUUAAUUUACUGCCUCAUUAUUUUGUUUCUUGUAUGAUAGCAUGCUUUGCAAAUUCUCUGUUUUAUAUUUUUGAAGUGGCUAAAAGAA